AGGAUGUAGCACAGGACGUGAUCUAGCGAGCUACUAGCUACAGUAGGACUUCCGAAAAUACACAAACAUCAUUAUUAGGAUAAUUUAUAUCACAUGUUCACGCAGUGUCUCUGACCAGACAGAUUAUUUCUGCCAGAUGUGAUGGAUCAGCUUUACAAGAGCUGAAUGGAAGCAUCUGAGGCCCUGUGUGAGUGAGGAGGUUGUGGAUCCCAGUGAUGUACCAUGGGGUACGACAUUACGAGGUUCCAAGGGGAGGUGGAUGAAGACCUGCUGUGCCCUAUAUGUAGUGGAGUGCUCGAAGAACCAGUGCAGGCUCCACACUGUGAGCAUGCCUUCUGCAAUGCCUGUAUAACCCAGUGGUUUGCCCAGCAGCAGAUAUGUCCUGUGGACCGCACAGUAGUGACGCUAGCUCACUUACGGCCUGUGCCCCGCAUCAUGCGUAACAUGCUGUCCAAACUUCAGAUCAGCUGUGACAAUGCAGGUUUUGGCUGUACAGCCACACUGCGGCUGGACCAGCUGCAAUCACACCUAAAGGACUGUGAGCACAACCCCAAAAGGCCUGUCAACUGCGAGGAGGGAUGUGGGCUUGAGAUGCCCAAAGAUGAAGUCCCCAACCAUAACUGCAUCAAACACUUGCGGAGCGUCGUCAAGCAGCAACAGACAAAGAUUUCGGAUCUGGAGAAAACGGUUGCAGAGCAUAAACACCAGUUGGGGGAGCAAAAACGGGACAUUCAGCUGCUAAAAGCCUACAUGAGAGCAAUCCGCAGUGCUAAUCCUAAUCUCCAAAACCUCGAGGAGAGCAUCGAGUACAACGAGAUCUUGGAGUGGGUGAACUCCAUGCAACCUGCCAGAGUGACGCGCUGGGGGGGCAUGAUCUCCACUCCCGAUGCCGUGCUUCAAGCCGUCAUCAAGCGCUCCCUCAUCGACAGCGGCUGUCCUCUCUCGAUUGUGAACGACCUGAUCGAGAACGCCCACGAGCGAAACUGGCCGCAGGGACUGGCCACGCUCGAGACGCGGCAGAUGAACCGGCGCUACUAUGAGAACUACGUUGCCAAGCGUAUCCCCGGCAAGCAGGCCGUGGUGGUGAUGGCCUGUGAGAAUCAGCAUAUGGGGGAGGACAUGAUCCUGGAGCCAGGCCUGGUCAUGAUCUUUGCACACGGAGUGGAGGAGAUCUUAUAGUAGAGCUUUCUUCGAUGGAGGGAAACCUUCGAAAGGAAUCUGGCUUAUUUCAUAUAAUAUCGUAUGAGAGGAUCACACCGAAGCUUGAUACCUAUGCCUUAAAGUAAGGACAAAUAUAUUAGGAACCUGGCGAAUAGAAACUUAAUCUGACUGAUAUCUGAGAUAAAAGGUGAGAUGUGAUGUUUACAAGGUUUAUAUUUUGGUGCAUUAUAUGAUCUGAUUGUUCUGCUCCGUGUCCUAAUAUAGUAAAAAAGCUUGAACCACACUUUGAUGCUCAGUUGUAUAAAUGCUUGUAAAUACAAAUACUAUAUUGAAUUAUAAAUGUAAUUCUCUUUAUUCCUCUCACUGUAAUUGGAUUGUGAUUUUUGAUCUUUGUUCUGUUUUGUCAGUUUGCGUUACUGUCUGCAGGGACUUUGACUGAAGUUAUAUCGUGUGCUUGCUUUAGUUUUUAGUUUCUUGUGAAUAUUUCACGAGACAUUGUGCUUCUGAGUUUUGAUUGUCUAAACCCUUGUUUUAUUUAUUGUGUUGCCUUUUACACAAACAUGCUUGAAAAUGUUCCCAUUUGAUGUAUGGAAAUUGCCUUUCGGUGCAUUUGAAGUUCAUUGCUGGAAGAAAAUUGGUUUUGUAUUUUCUUUGUUGCCUCAGUUGUAAAUAUAGACAAUAUGCUGGGUCCAUUUGAAGUGUUAAAAUAGAAGUUUAACAUGGGAUUUAACUAUGUAUAAUGAGUUUUGUUUGACAAAUCAUAAUGGUUCACUUGAUAUUUUAGGUAAUUGUCUUUUUCUAAUUGAAAUAGAGGCAUUGAUCUUAAUCUUCACAGUAAACAAACUUCUGUUCACUGACAUGUCACCACAAACCAUAGCUUUGGAGAAUGUACACAUAUUUGUAAGGUCACUCUUAUGACUUUUGAGAGCUAACAUGUUUUGCUAUUAGUCAGUUUUUGCUGUAGUAAGACAAACCGGACUUCAACCAUUCAGUAUGAAAGCCCACAGAAGUGCAGUAUACAUACGCUUAGAUUGUGCCCUUUAUUAUUUUCCCUCUUAAAUGUUUUUGUUUGUUUUUGUGUCUUAUGUACUGUGUUGGACAGACAAAGUAAUAAAAAAUGUCAAACUUCA